AUGAGUUUACAAAAUGAGCGCAAAUGGCGAAAUGUUCAGGUCAUCCUACCCGAGUCGUUUGGGCUGGUGGUACAUGUGCUGUCGCAGCAGGCCCGGUUAAUUGAAAAGCUAGAGCAUCGCUUAUGUUCUAUGGAGAGUAAUCAUCUCGAGGCAGUAAUGUCAGCCCAAAUUGCUGCUAUGGAAGAGCGCAUGUGUGCGGAUGUGAGGCGCCAGAUAGCAAGUAUACAAUCAGAGUUUUCUGGUCAUUUGGAGCAGCAGCAGUUGUUAAUUCAGCAGAUCAAAGAUUGCUCGAAAAUUGAAACUCAAAAACAGCGCGAGCAAGUGGACAGAGUAGAGCAAAGCGUGGAGCAGCGGUACUUUUGCUUGGAGAAACAACUGACUCAGUUUAUUGAAAGUACGCAGCAGCAUUUGGAAACCCAGAAUGUUCAGUUUAAGUCAAUACGUACCCUACACGAGGAGACUUUGACUAAGAUAAGUAAAGUUUUCGUUCAAAAGGUGGAGAAUCUGGAAGAUGAGCUACUGAAAAGAGAGAUAAGUAGUGAAGCUACUUCCAUCAUUGCUACUGAGGAACUUGUAACUCUAAAGAGUUAUGAACAAGAUUUGGAUAAUAUUCAUCAAAAUCUGGCUCGUACCUCGCAAGAGACUGAAGCUCGAUUUGUUGAGCUGUUGGCUACGCAUCGGAAAGAGCUCAUGACGGUCAUGGAGGAUAAGGUUUGUAAGAGCGAGGUGGCGAAGCUUCUUAAUCGCAAAAUGGAUGCAAUGGAUGCCUGGAAACAACUUGCCGAAAAAGCGGAUUGUAUCAAAGUAGAAGAAGUUGCAUGCAGUCUUAUGGAUAGCAUCCAACGAUAUCAAGAGACAGCAACAGAAGAAUUAGACCGAUUGAAACAGCUUAACAAAUCAAAGGCAGACGCAUUUGAAUUGGUGCAGGUUAGGCAUAAUUUGCAUAACAUAUUAUCAGUAGCAGAGUCCAUGCAGCAUGAGCUGACUACUCUGCACCGGCAAAUGAACGAGAAAAUGACGGUUGUUGAUGUAAAAGAGUUGCUGAACUCGCAAGUAACAAUAAAUGGACUGCAAAAACCAAUGAAGGAAGUUGAAAGUGUUACAGUGGAUAAUUUUGCGACCAAAGUAGCAUACGACGAUUUAUACCAACAAGUUCACGCCAUCACGAUGCAGCUUCGCAGUGAGAUGUACCAAGCCCGUUACAUCUGGAAAGAUGGUCGCUUGAGUUUAAAGCAUAGGAUUCAAUGGAGCUCUCAAGCUGUAAAUACGAAUGAGGAUGUUUUCCAUUGGCAAAGUGGUUCGGAUGAAAUACGGCUGCAUCCGCCUGGACUUUACCAUCUUCAAGCAUCAUUUUUUACUGUUUGCUCACCAUUAAUUCAAGUACUUGUGAACGGAGAACCAGCAAUAAUCAGGCACUCGACGGCUGAUUUAAAAAACAUGGCAAUGUUUCAUCCCUGUGCUUUCCAACGUCUUCACCAUCCGGCUGGUAAUAUUGCAGGUCUAUCAGUUGAUGUUUUCCUAGCACUACCACCGCGAGCACUGGUUGCUAUAUCAUACGAUGCUGAAGAACAGGCACAAGGUUUUCUAAAUUUACGAAAACUUUAG